AUGGCUGAGAGGGUUACUUCUUCAGCCAUAGAGAAAUUGGUCCGGCAACUAGAAAAAGAAGCAGAUUUGCCACUUGAAGUGAAGGACCAAGUAAGGUCCUUUCAGGCUGAGCUCAAGAAAGUGAGUAGUUUCCUCAAUUACUCUGAAGUUCAUCUGAACCAGCAGGAAGUUGCGGUGUUAGAGAAUCAAAUCAGGGACGUAACUUAUGCUGCAGAGGACACAAUCAAAUUAAUCAAUGAACUUAUCUUUAACAGCGUUCGGCCAAGGAGGAGAUGGAGGAAAGUGGGAAAACUUUUCCACUGUUUCGGCGACAAACGUAAGCUUUGUGAUGCCACGGCAAGGAUGGUCAGCAUGAACGAAAGACUCAAAAAAAUUCGUGAUGCCAAAGGCAAAGAAAGAGAUGGUGGAGGAUCAGGCAGCUCACACAGUGGGGGCUUUGGUAUGACCGUCGAGGAACCUGAUCAUGUUGUCGGCUUUGACGGUGAGGCAGAGGCAUUGGUGAAUCGGUUGAUGAAAGAUGGGGAUUUACAACAGAAUGUUGUUUCAAUUGUAGGGAUGGAAGGUCUGGGAAAAACUACUCUGGCCAAGAAGAUUUACAACCAUGGAUUGAUUAGAGCUCAUUUUGCUUAUCGGGCGUGGGUUCCUGUGCCUCAAGAAUACAAAACCGCCGACUUGUUGCGAUGUAUUUUGAAGUAUAUUGCUAUUGGUACUAGUUUCAACCACGAUCAAGAAGCGUACGAAGAGGAUGCAAGCGAAGAAGAAUUGAAGGAGGUGGUUUCUGGGCGCCUGAGGGGAAGGAGAUAUCUGAUAAUCAUGGAUAACGUGUGGCAUAAACAAGUAUGGGACGAGGUGAAACCGGCCUUCCCAGAUGACUUGAAUGGAAGCAGAAUAUUACUCACUAGUCGGUUGGAAGAGGUCGCGUCGCACGCCAGCCCGAGGCCACCCCACAGACUGGGUUUACUCGACAGUGAAGAUAGCUGGGAGCUCUUACGCAGGAAGGCGCUCAAAGGAAAUUUCUGCCGUCAAGAUUUAGUGGAGAUUGGAAAACAAAUGGCCAAGAAAUGCGAUGGAUUACCUCUUGCAAUUGUCCUGUUGGGGGGAAUCUUGGCGAGGCAGGAGGAGACGGUCGAGACGUGGUCAACGUUGGCCGAUAACACCAGUAAACAUCUGUUGAUUCAGGGUAAGAGAGGCAGGGGCAUUGCUCUCAGUUACCACAAUUUACCACAGCACCUCAAAACAUGUCUUCUCUAUUUCGGCAUGUUCCCCGAAGAUUACGAGAUUCCAGUAAGGCAAUUGAUUCAGUUGUGGAUCGCAGAAGGGUUUGUGCAAGUAGUGAAGGGAACCCAGAGGAUGGAGGAUGCGGGAGAGGAAUACUUAAACGAGCUCAUCGGCCAAAGUUUGAUUCAAGUGGUUGCUAGGAGGACCGAUGGUGGAGUUAAAACUUGUCGUAUCCUCAAACUUUUGCGCGAGCUCUGCAUAUCAGUUGCCGAGGAUCAGAAGCUUUUCCUUGUAAAUGUGAAUGCAGACCACAGUAACCGUGCAGGGUCGGAACCACUAAGGCUUGCCGUCCACAACGACCACAACGGUUUCUCCCUAAUGGAAGCAUUGUCAGAAAGCGGCAACAAUUAUCAGCAACUGUGCUCUCUGCAGUGCUACGCACCAGGCUCCCUCGGUCACAUUAACUCUAUCAGACUCUGGAGAUUACUUUACAACAGUUUGGCCUUGCUAAGGGUGUUGAACUUGGGAUCCAUUAAAGUGGACAGGAUUCCCAGGGGUGUGAAGAAGCUACUUUACCUGCAAUACUUGAGAGUUAACGCUCCGAACCUAACGCAAAUUCCGAGCUCCAUAUGCAACCUCUUCAAACUACAAACCCUUGAUUUGAGAGACUCUUCUUUGCCUCAUAUCGUUCCCAAUGAAAUUUGGAAGAUGAAAGACUUGAGGCACGUGUAUUUCGGGUCCUCCGCUAGUUUACCUGACCCGGAUAAUGACAAAGCCCUUUGGAACCUCCAAACUCUCUCUGGUGUCCGCCCUGAUGCAGUCUUGAAGCGUCUAAUGGUGAAGGCCAAGUUCCCAAAUGUCACAAAACUAAGUAUAUGCAGCUUUAACAAGAAUGCUACAUCGAAUUUUCUAGAAAGUCUAGACCAUUUAUAUCAUCUUCAGUCGCUCAAGAUUGUGAACCCUUGUGAAUUUCCAGACUCGAAUGCAUUCCCACUGACCCUCUCCAAGAUAACCUUGAAAGAGACGUAUCUCUCGGCCCCUGACUGUAUCCAAACGCUGGAGAAGCUUCCGAACCUUAGGAUUCUGAAACUGUUAAAUUGUUCUGUUUUAGGGCCGGAGAUCAAUUGCAAUGUCGGUUGUUUUCUUCAGCUACAAGUUCUGUGCUUGGUGGGGGUAGAGACAGAAGCUUGGAAUGUGAGGACAGGAGCGAUGCGAAGCAUUCGGCGUUUGGUCAUUAGAGAUUGUGCAAAAUUGGUGACGGUGCCACAGUUCCAUUCGAGCAUGGCCACUCUGCAUGAAGUUGAAAUAUUUAAGCCCGCAGAAAGAUUGAGAGAGAACCUUCUUCAACAAAUAAAAAACCCAACUGAGUUUAUCCUUCGAAUUGAUGAUGCUCUUGUAAAGGCAUAG